GCCAAACAACAAAAGCCGGCAUUUUUUUAUUUUGCUCCAACCUCCUCUGAUCAUCAGAUAGUCUCUUCUCUUCUGUUGAGUCAAACUCUCAGAUCGAACGUGUUUUGUCUGUUUAGGCCGACAUGGGUGAUCCCCAACUGAAACUGUAUUCCUACUUCAGGAGCUCUUGCUCUUACCGUGUCCGGAUUGCCCUCAACCUCAAAGGUUUCAUUUCCCCCCAUCAAAAUUCAUUUACUUAUUCCAACAUGAAAUUCAUUCUCAGUAUCUCGUACAAAGCUGUAAACUUGUUGGAGGGAGAACAGUUCAGUCCUGUUUAGAAGCUCAAUCCUAUCGGCUAUGUGCCGGUGCUUGUGGAUGGGGACAUAGCUGUUUCCGAUUCAUUUGCCAUUUUAUUGUAUUUGGACGAAAAGUAUCCACAACAUCCAUUGCUACCUAAAGACCUUCAACGAAAGGCCUUUAACCUCCAGGCCGCAAACAUUGUUUCCUCAAGCAUACAGCCCCUUCAGAAUCUGGCAGUACUGAAGUACAUUGAAGAAAAGGUUAGUCCAGAUGAGAAAAUGGAAUGGGCUAAAGUUCAUAUUGGGAAAGGUUUUGCUGCUCUUGAAGUUCUACUGAAAAACUAUGCAGGAAGAUAUGCAACUGGAGAUGAAGUUUCCUUUGCUGAUAUAUUCCUAGCGCCCCAGAUUCAUGUAGCUUUUAUAAGGUACAAUCUAGACAUGACCCAGUUCCCCCUUUUGUCCAGAUUGCAUGAGGCAUACAAUGAGUUACCAGCAUUUGUAGAUGCUAGACCAGAUAAGCAGCCGGAUGCUCCUUCAUAAGAGUUGUCGGCAAUUUCAAGAGAAAUAUUGCCACCAACUAAGGUUUUCGUUGACGCAUUCAGAACGUUGUAACAGAGUAAUACUAAGAUGUAUGAAUAAGGGGUUGUCUGAAAUAGAACAGCUUGAAAUUGCAGUGUUGUAAAGUGAUGUAAUUGUCUGGAUUUAUGUUAUAAAUUUUUGGAUGAUACAGCUUCAACCUUCUAUG